AUGGAAGUUAGAAAGAAUAAUCGAUUAAAAACAUUAUGUCUACCACAUGGUCUCAUAUAUCUUAUUUUGGGCAUAGUAAUUAUUUGUCUUACUACGUUAACCAUUGUCUAUGCUAGCCUAUGGCGUAAUACUGAAAAUUCUUCAAAUAGUUUUGCAGUUGAAAAUGGAAUUAUUGGUCAUCGUAUUAGUUUACCUGGUGAUGGUCGAUAUGUUCAAUGGAAUUUUUUACAAAUGAAUGAUGUUUAUGAAUUAUUACCACUUGAUAGAGGACGAAAAGGUGGUUUAGCUCGUGUUGCUUAUAUGAGAAAAUUAUUAAAAGAAGAAAAUGUACAUACUUAUACAAUAGCUGCUGGUGAUUUUCUUUCUCCAUCAGCUUUAGGUUUAUCAACAGUUAAUGGAACAAUUUUAAAUGGUAAACAAAUGAUUGCAACAAUGAAUAUUCUUGGAGUUGAUUACAUGAUAUUUGGAAAUCAUGAAUUUGAUUUAACUGAAAAAGAUUUACUUACUCGAAUGAAUGAAUCAACAUUUACUUGGAUUAAUACAAAUGUAUUUCAUCGAGAUAAUAAUCAAAGAUUUGGAUCAAGUAUUUCUCAUAAAAUACUUACUAUUGAGACUGUAAGAAUUCUUUUCAUUGGUUUAACUAUUGAUGGAACUGGUAAUUAUGUUCAAAUAAUUAAUCAAACAUCAUUAGUUAAUUAUGUUCAAGAAUUUUUAAAAACAUUUUCAAAUACAACAUAUGAUGUACUUGUUGCUAUUACUCAUUUAGAUAUGAUAACAGAUAUUGAACUUGCUUCUAAAAUUCCACAAAUUGAUCUUAUUAUUGGAGGACAUGAACAUGAUAAUUAUUAUUAUUUAAGAGGAACAAAAUAUGUACCAAUUUAUAAAACAGAUGCUAAUGCUUUUACUGUUUUUAUACAUCGUUGUGCUUAUAAUUUGGAUACUAAACGUUUUCGUAUUUAUAGUACUUUAGCACAAGUAACAUCUGAAGUACCUGAAGAAGAAAACACAGCAUUAGUAGCAAAUUAUUGGUUUAAUUUAGGUAUUCAAGGAUUUAAAGCAUUAGGUUAUGAACCAAAUGAAAUUGUAUCAUGUUUACCAAUUGGUAUUGAUUUAGAUGGUAGAUCAGGAUCGGUCAGAAGUUAUACGACACUUUUAACUGCUACAAUAUGUGAAAGUAUGUUACAACUCACAGCAACAAAUCGGACAAUAAUUGGAAUUAUUAAUGGAGGUACAGUACGUAUUGAUGAUAUUCUUCGUGAAACAAUUACACAAUAUGAUAUUUUACGUACAUUACCUUUCGGAAAUCAAGUUGUUGCUCUUUCGGUUCCUGGACAUUUACUUGCUCAAGUUCUCACAAAUGGUAUAUCUUUAAAAGGAAAUGGAAUGUUUAUGGCUUAUACUAGAGUAGAAACAUUAGAUGGUGGUAAAACAUGGUUAUUCAAUGGAACAGAUAUAUCAAAAAGUGAUCUUUAUUAUAACGUAGCAACAACAGCAUAUGUACGAGAUUUUACACAAUUAAACAGUACAUAUGUUACUACUUUAUAUAAUACUAAUAUAACGCAGACAAAAAGUUUAAUGGAAUAUUUAGCAAUAAAAUAUCCUCCUUGUUAG